AUGGACUCCUGCCUGAUCCAGGUGAACAGCAACACCUCCCUGUCCUCCGUCCUAGAUGUCCAUGUCAACCUCAAUGGGAAAAGCCCUUCUUUGCCCAAGGGAAAAGGCCGUAAGCCCCACUGGGCGGUCAAGGCUUCAGAAAUGUCUAGAAGGACUUUCAAUCCCAUUCGAGCCAUUGUGGAUGCCAUGAAAGUGGAACCCAACCCCAGGAAAGCUCUGAUAUCUUUGUCCAUAGGAGAUCCAACUGUCUUUGGAAACCUUCCUACAGAUGAUGAAGUCACACAGGCCAUGAAAGAAGCACUGGACUCUGGAAAAUACAAUGGCUAUGCCCCAUCUGUGGGUUACCUAUCUUGUCGAGAGGUGGUUGCAAGCUACUACAAUUGUCCAGAAGCACCUCUGAAAGCCCAGGAUGUAAUCCUGACCAGUGGCUGCAGUCAAGCCAUUGAAUUAGCUUUAGCAGUCCUGGCUAACCCUGGACAGAACAUCCUGGUGCCACGCCCUGGCUUCUCCCUCUACAAAACCUUGGCUCACUCUAUGGGAAUCGAAGUCAAGUUCUACAAUCUCUUGCCAGAAAAGUCCUGGGAAAUUGACCUGAAGCAAAUGGAAUCUCUGGUGGACAACAGAACAGCUUGCCUGAUUGUGAACAACCCAUCCAAUCCCUGCGGUUCUGUUUUCAGCAGAAGUCACCUCCAGAAGAUUCUGGCAGUGGCCUCCAGGCAGUGUGUCCCCAUUUUGGCUGAUGAGAUCUAUGCAGAAAUGGUGUUUGAAGACUGCAAAUACGAGUCCCUUGCAAAGCUCAGCACUAAUGUCCCGAUCCUGUCCUGUGGAGGCCUUGCCAAGCGGUGGUUGGUGCCUGGCUGGAGGAUGGGAUGGAUUCUGAUCCACGACCGCCGGGACAUCUUUGGAGAGGAGAUCAGGGAAGGCCUUCUGAGACUGAGCCAAAGGAUUUUGGGGCCCUGCACAGCUGUCCAGGGAGCCCUUGGGCAUAUCUUCCACCACACAUCCCCUGAAUUUUAUCACAACACUCUCAGCUUCCUCAAGUCCAAUGCUGCCCUGUGCUAUGCUGCCCUCUCCACCGUCUGUGGACUGAAGCCGAUCCGGCCCCAGGGAGCCAUGUAUUUGAUGGUGGGGAUUGAGAUGGAACAUUUCCCAGAUUUUGAGAACGAUGUGGAGUUCACAGAGAGGCUAAUUGCAGAGCAGUCGGUCUUCUGUCUGCCUGCCACGUGUUUUGAGUACCCUAACUUCUUCCGUGUGGUGAUCACCGUGCCUGAGGAGAUGAUGGUGGAAGCUUGCCAGCGUAUCCGCUACUUCUGUGAGAAGCACUAUCAAGGGGGAGAAGGGACCCAGGAUCUGGAAUGUGACAAGUAG